AGCGGACGUCUCGCCAGCUCCUCCCGAACUUUCUGUUACGUCACACGAUAUAGCCCGGGGUGAAAUUCGGUGUUGUGUUCCGAUUUAGUGGGAUGGUGAUUCAAUGAUACAAGUGAAAUGGUGCGACGGUUGGUAGACCGGCGUGUUUCGUUCACGCAUCUGUGCACUGUCUUUCUAUGGCUGGUCACCUGCUUCAAUGGUCGAAACGCAGUGAAGAUAGUGAAAGUGGUGGUCCCCGAGAUAAUUCAGUACGGUGUACAAGACGCUGUUAUAUUAGACUGUGAUUACACAUACGGAAACAACACGUCCGGCCUCAUGGUUAAAUGGUUCUUCAAGAACAACGCGAGGCCGGUUUAUCAAUGGAUAGUGCCUCAAAAGCCACAGGACAUGGGCAUACUCAGAGGCCGGGUGGACCUCACUUAUCGGGCGUCUAACGAUCCACUGAAGAUGCACAGAGCAUUACGUAUAGUUAAGCCCAAUACAGACAUUUCUGGUGAUUACACGUGUGUUGUGUCAACUUUUAUGGAGGAAGAUUCUAGAACGAAACAAAUGACUGUAUUUGUGCCGGAGACCAAUUUCCGGUUGAUACAGAACAAAACAGACGAUGACACAGUGAACGUCAUCUGUGCAGCGGAAGGUGCCUUCCCAGCGCCGAACCUCACACUCGCCACGCCGGAAAGGCGGCUCGAUGGCGUAGCUCACAAUUUGAAGCUGGUCAACGGCAGGUAUUCCGCAGUAGCCUCCGUGACCCUCAACGAUGCCGACCUUCCCUCCCCGGCGGAGUUCAUCUGCACGCUGAGGAUAACACAAGCGAACUAUGCUGUUAGAAAAGAAUCUAUAUACUAUCCAGGUCCUAUCAGCACAACUCCCGAGAUGCCAACAGCGGCCGACAUGCAGCUUGCGGCCGCCGUAGGAUCAAAAGGAACAAAUAUCUACACGGCACUCAGCAUAUUCUUGCUGCCGGCUUUCAUUCCAGCACUCUUAUAAAGUUUGAAGACGACGAAGUUAUGAAACAACCCUAUAAAAUUCCGUGCUCGUGUGACAAAGCUAAUGUGACAUUUAGAUGUCGCGUGUAAAUUGAUCUUUUAUUUACUUCAGCAAGCGUUCUCAAUUACGAAUGUACAUUAGAAUUGAAAUGAGAAAAAUGUAUAAUAUUGAAUUGGAAUAUUGUCGUGACUAAAGGCAAUAAGCUUGUAACCGUUAAGUUUAAAUCUUUUCAAAGUCAUUUGUACGUAAGGUGAAGUGUGUUCACGGGUGCUCACCGUUUUAAAUUGUUCAUAACGCGGCAUUUUUUCAAAUUUCAAAGUCUCCACAAACGUUUUGUACCAAAGUGUUUUUUUUUUUGUUUGAAUUCGAUGGCGGUGACGUAAUUCGAAUUUCUAGUCGGAAUACCCAAAGUGAAAUUUUAAUAGAUCCUAUUUAUUUCGUAUGCGCAACGUACAAUCGUUCCCUCGUCCAAAGCACUGAAGCUGCCGUGCGAAUAAAAUAGCUUUACGUGUCUUAAAUUAAGAUUAAUACGGUUUUAAGAAUUACGACCACCGAUGUUGUAAAUAAACUGGAAUCAGCAUCAUUUAAAUACGUACAUACGUAUGUUUCCAUAUAGAAUAAAUACAAAGAAAGGCUCUGGAAGGCCGCUUAAAAUACUUCAAAGUGAAACAUGGUUUCGUUUAAAAGCAUUAUUAUUAUACCUGAAAAAUGUCUACUAUUAGUCUUAAUUAAAAUUUCUUUUACGGUUU